CUACUCGAGAAGAUCACUUUGAUAACACAAUGGCAGAAGUCGCUCCAGUUGCUCCACCCGCCGCACCGGCACCGGCCACCAAGGCGCCCAAGAAGAAAGCAGCCAAGCCGGCCAAGAAGACCGGUCCCGGCGCCGCUGAGCUCAUCCUGAAGGCUGUCACAGCCUCCAAGGAACGUAAAGGUAUUUCGUACGUGGCUUUGAAGAAGGAGUUGGGCGCUCAAGGCUUCGACGUCGAGCACAAAUCCGCCCUCAUUAAGCGCGCCGUGAAGGCUUUGGUUGCCAAAGGAGCCCUCACCCAGACCAAAGGAAACGGUGCGUCCGGGUCCUUCAAGGCCGCCAAGCCUGCUGAAAAGCCCAAGAAGGUAGCAGCGAAGAAACCCGCAGCCAAAGCCAAGAAGCCGGCAGCAAAGAAGCCCGCGGCCGCUAAGAAACCAGCAGCAGCCAAGAAGGCUAAAGCAACAACACCCAAGAAGGCAAAGAAGACUGCCGUAGCGAAGAAGACACCGGUCAAGAAGGCGACAAAGAGCCCAAAAAAGAAGGUGGUCAAGAAGGCAGCUGCACCCAAGAAGGCCGUCACCCCCAAGAAAGCCGCCAAGAAGGUCGUCAAACCUAAAGCUGCCAAACCCGCAAAGAAGGCCGCAGCCAAGAAACCAGCAAAGAAGUAAAUCUAAAAGUUUGCUUCACCCAUCAAAAGGCUCUUUUAAGAGCCACCCAAAUGCCAUAAAGAGCCAUUUUCCUGAUUACUUUAUUUUAUAUUUGCACUAUAAUAAUUGUACAUACUUUAAUAGUUUUGUUGGGGAUCUCAGUUGAUUAUUUAUAAUCUCAUUUAUAAGAGAAAUCAUUGCACUUUUGUACCUUUUUGUUAUGCAUCCGCUUAUACCUAAAGCGUACAGUUGCUUUUAUAUUUCCUCAGUCUGCUGGUUUUAAUAUUUGAAUAUACAAAUGUGUUCAACUAAAACAGACACUCAAACACACCAUGAGAACCGUGGAGAGACAACCCCAGUCUGCCGCUCACCAGUGCAGCAGGAAUACCGUGUCAUUGUGUUUUCUCUUCACCGAUACAUGUAUAAAAUACACAUCUGGAGGAACAAACAAAGUGUAAAAUGUAUUGGAACUGAUAGCGACGGAGUUUAUCUUUAUAUAUAAGUCAAAUAAAGCUUUAAAUAUGUUUAUAUUUUGAUUGGGAAGCCUUUAAACCUCCCAAAACUACUGCCGUGUGAGGCACUGCUGCGAGUCUUUUCCUUGUAAUUCCUCUCCUAAAUGCUUUAAAAUACAUCAGAAGUUCGCCAAAACCA